CCCAAACCCAAAAACCCCAAUACCCCAAAAAAUCACAAAUUAAACCCGAUUAAAUACCUCAAAAAAUCACAGAAAUCCGCUAAAGCCCUUAACUUGAUAAACUAACAACAAGCAUGGCUUUGAUUAAAGAUGUCUGCCGUCAAUUUCCGCUCAGGACGCCACCUUUCAAAAUUUACCGCCAAACAAACAUAACCUUGUCGAAAACAAAGCUAGACGCGCAAAACAAAACUUUCACAAUUUUUAGGAUGCAGUUCCCGGAAAAGCAACCAAAAACCAACCACACCCCUUCAACAACUUCAGAAAGAGACGUAGCAGCCCUCAAAGCAGAACUAGAAAUAGAACUCAAGAACAAAAAGCAGUGCAAUUACAAACCAUAUGAAUGCACCCAACUCACCCUCGACGGUUUCAAUUACUGCCUCAAACACAUCCUCCAAGAUAAGGCAGCCCCGUAUAGGCAAUGCUCGUACAUUUACGCCAGCAACGGGAAACGCUGUCAAUUAGCAGCCCCCAAAAUUGAAAAAAAAGACUGCGGGUACUGUAACGAACACGCAGUUAAGGUCACACUUGAAAAGAACAGACAAAACUCGAGGCUUCAACCACCACAAACUGCAGAAGUACUUAUUUAUUCCUUGGGACAUUAUUUGAAGAAACCUAGGAAUAGGACAGCAUCUGGGAGUGGUGAGGAGGCAGAGAGAGCUCUUGUUGAGGAAUCUGAGGCUAAAAGCACCAAAUGUUUAGAUCCUUUUCGUGAUAUUGACGCCAAUGCCUUGUAUAAUUCUACAUGUAACAACAUUUUGGACUUCUGUAGUGAGUCUGAUAGCGAUGUGGAGGCUUCAACAUUUGCGUCAGUCUGGCAUGAUGCACAAAAUGACAGUUCUGAUAACGAAAGUGUUGAUUCAGAACAGGAAGACGUUUUAAAGCAUGCUAAUGUGUACACAGCAGAAGAAAUCAGUUCCAUUACGAGAGAAAAGUUAAUUAAACUUCAAUCAUUAUACAUUGAGCAAUAUCGUCAUUUACAGCAUGUUUUUAAGGAAUGCAAAAGAAAAUAUGUUUAUAAUUUAAGAAGGGAAAAGGAAACUUGCUGUAACAUUUAUAACCAGAUACGUGAAAAUCCCAAAGAACAGCGGCUAUAUAAAAAACUCAAAGCGUUAAAUAAGUAUCAUAAACCACAUGGAGUUCAAGCUAUACUUCAUAAAAGAGAACAUGAUUCACGUGCUAAGAUUACAGAUGGUUUGUUUUCAAAAGCACCAGGAUACUCAAGGUGUAUGUUUACAGAAGGUGGGGUCAAAUGUGGAGAAAGAACUCUGCCUCUGGCUAGGCAUUGCAGAAAACAUAUUUUAGAGGAUCAAAAUCAAGUAUUAUUCAGACCGUGUGGUAAAAAGAGAGCGGAUGUAGAAUGUAAAACACCAGUUGAGGCCAUAUUUGAAGAUAGUUGUUGCAAUUUGCACAUGGACAUACCUCCAAUUAAAUCAUAUGCACAAUUACGGAAAAAUUCCGAAUCCGACUUUGAUGAUUCCUUCGAGUCUCCUGAAAACAUGUUGAUGGAAGCAGUGUCAGAUAAUGUGAAAACCGAAUUCAUAGAUUAUGGACCAAACUUGGAAGAAAUGAAGACGUUGCCGUCUGUUUUAUUUGAAGAAUCUAGUAUGGACGUGAGUGUUAAAAAUGAAGAAAUGGAGAAUGGCAAACCAGACGAAGAUGUACAAAUUGACGUAGAUGAUGAACCUAGUCCUGAAGGAAAAUUAGAAAUUGAUAUACCUGAUGAAGAUACCAAUGAUAUUAAAAACGAAACUGAGAGCCCAGUUAAAAUGGACGAAGACAGUUCACUAGAUAAAACACCCGUUCCAGAACCCGAAGUUACUGAUAAUGAGAAGAAGAGGGCUUUCCGCUUACAAACCCAGGUAAAAAGCAUCGAAAGACACGAUGCCGAACGCUCGGAUUUUCUUACCAUAGAAUCGGCGUUGCCCUCGAAUGAACGCAGAUUGACCAAAAGGUCUCAUAGUACUUUAAAUGCAUCCAGUAUUUCAAGGGCUCAUAGUUCAAAAUUGAUCUCAUGCGACCCCAUCACCUUACAAACCCACACCGAUGGCUCCGUCCACAUCACACGCACCCAAAAUGAGAAAGACUGCAGUCCUGAUAGGAUAAGUCUCGACAGGAGAGGUCUAACCGCCUUUCCUAUUAUUGACGGCGAAAUGAAACUCAGAUUGUUGUCAUUGCAACAUAAUUUAAUUAGCAACUUAGAAGGGCUGCAAGCCCAAAAUUUUCCUUAUUUAGUGUUUCUAGACAUUUACGACAACCAAUUAGAACAAAUGGGCUGUUUGGAUACAUUGGAUAAUCUCAGGGUGCUGCUAGUGGGGAAAAACAGGUUGCGCAAAAUUGAAGGCUUAGACACACUGAAAAAAAUCGAAGUGUUGGACUUGCAUGGGAAUCAAAUAACGCAUGUUAACGGCUUGAGUUGUCUAAAUGAGUUGAAAGUGUUGAACUUGGCAGGGAAUCAGAUUCGGUAUAUCGGCGUUGGUGAUUUCCAAGGGCUAACAUCUUUGCAAGAAUUAAACUUGAGGAGAAAUCGUCUUAAAAAGUUGCUCGGGUUCGGGGAAACCCCGAAUUUAAGCAAACUUUUCAUCAGUAAUAACGAUUUGCAAAGUGUUGAGGAUAUAAGCAGUCUGGCAAAAUCGUCGAAUUUGAAGGAGAUUUCCAUCGAUAACAAUCCCGUAUUUUUGGGGGGCGAUUGUGUUUCAUUUUUGGUUUCUUACCUCCCUCAAUUGAACAAAUUGAAUUCGAUGCAAAUUACCGACCAAGUGCGGAAAGCAGCAAUGGCCUGGCGACGCAAUAAAGAGUCCACAAAUUCGGCUUUUAUGGACUUGACUAGCGAUGUGUGUUUGAAUGUUCGUCGAGAGGAGAUUAUUUCUAAUGCCCGAACCAAUUGGGAACUCCUCCGUUCCCAAACCAAGUGUCUAACAGCAAAAACCUCGAGUAAUUUAUCAAAAAAUGUGAACCUGUCUUUAGAUUCCGACUUGAUUUUGACUUCUUUUGGAAAAACCAAAGCAAAAACUUACGCCAGUAUUACAACCAAAGUGCCUCUUUUUACAAAUAAGAAAUUAAUAAGAACCAGUUCGCAAGACACCGACAAUUCGCAUUCGUCAUCAAACGCAUCAAGUAACGAAUUUAUAAGACUACCCCCGAUUUUGGUCCCCAUUAUCAAAAAAAUGGAACAGAAAAGUGAAGCAAGCUCGAAAGAAAACAGCAUUAAAUUAUCCGGAAGUCUCUCAAGCAUCGGCCCGAAUGUCGACAGCUCGGUUAGUUCUUUAGGAAGUGAAAAUGAAACGACUGAAAGUUCCGAAACGGAAGUAGAAUCCGAGCCUGAGGAACAACCAAAGCUGGAGAAAGAAGAGAAACAAGAAGAAGUGGCAUCGCCUAGACCGGUUGUAACCGAAAAAGAGGAACCGAAAAAUGUGUGCGUUAUUGAAACCGCAAGUACCGGUUCUACGAAUACUGCCCCCAGCACGUCAAGUAGCGACCAGUCGUCUAAAGUUGAAAAAACGAGGAAUAUCAAAAGUGCAGUAAAUAGUCGGACGGUGGCGUCGAGGUGGCAUAACAGGGCUGCAACUGCAAAACCGAAAAAACAAUCGCCGUCGGUUAUAACCGGGGGGAAGGAUAGAGAGCAAGGGGGCGACUAUCUCAUCGAAAUCUGCGGCAGAUAUUUAAACAUUUACGGUCAAUGUGCCUUACGUUUUAUCGACCGUCCCUGGAACUCGUCAAAAGCCAACGAUGUCAAUACUGUCAAAUUCAAUUACGUUAAUUUCAACGGAAUCACCGGGAUUCUAAACAAACUAAAACUGCGAUUUCCCAACAUCGAUAAUUUUUUCUUUAAAGAGAACAACAUCCAUUGUUUGGGCCAAAUCAAUGCUCUUGCAGAAGUCCAAGGAUUAAUUUCACUCAACAUCGAUCCUGAGGGGAAUCCCAUCACGCAAAAAAACUGGCGCAGCUAUGCGAUUUACAGACUUUCCCAUUGGGGGCUGUCGGUGAUCAACGAAGUCGAGGUGACUGACGAAGAAGUGAAAAAAGCCAAUGAGGAGUAUCAAAGUUUGAGCGAUUUGGUUCUGUGGUCGUUGCCGGAUGUCCUCUUGCAGCCCCUUUUAGUCCGGUUGAGACUCGAUGUGAGUUAUGGGGUGUCGGAACACAAUGCGAAAAAGUGGCUUCUGGCGGCUGAUCCCGAUUUGAGAAGUGUUGUGAGUAAAGAGGCGUUGCAAUGGAAGAAAGGAUGUGGGGAGGAUGUUGCGGUUAGGCAGAAAGCGAAGCAAUACAUUUCGCAGUUGUUGGAAGAAAUGGGGAAUUCGGUGAAUAAAUUGCGAUUGUUAGAUAAGAAGUGGCCUUCGAUUUUGCACGAAUUUGUGCGAAAUGCCCUUCUGGACUAUUCACAGUUAGACAUGUACAUGAAACAAAAAAUCUUAGAACUGAAGUAGUCUGUUUUUUCUUUAAAUGGAAAUUACCAAGUCAAAA